GUCGCGUCCGCCGUGCAAGUUCAAGAACUCUUCGGCACGGCCAAGGUACGACGGUGCGUUGUGUGCCAUCAUCGAGUGUCCACUGACACAAUUUACGACAAAGACAACCUGCGCCGCUUUAUGCCGAAAAUGUGGCUUAUCGAUUGGUGAAAGACUAUCCGGUACGACCUUUUUCUUAUCUGUACAUACCCGUCGUUAACGGUAACGGCAUCGCGAGUUUGAACAGUGACAGGUUGCAUUGCGACAAAGCGUCGGAUAAGCUUUCAAGAUGACUAGGACGAGUGCAUAUAUUUUGACGAUAUCAACAGUGAUUUUAUCAAUAAUAGACACGACACUUUCGAAGAUUCCCGUAAGGUGUGAAGGAGGUGGAGGUCUAAAGUACCUUUGGGGCGACGCUUUAAGCGACAACCCUGACUGCGUGGGGCCUAACAACUUGCCUUAUCCAACCGCAGCCAUAGAAAGGUCCUUCAAGGGUUCCAACCCAUGGCUGGGCAGCUUCCGAACAGGUCGAUCCCAAAGAACACUGGACCCUUUCCUAACCAAGAGAGCUUUGAUUGCUGCCCAUGAACAAAGUAUGGGCAUGGAUCCUACGAUAUCAAGACGUUCUCGAGCAGCGAAUAUGUCUCCCGCGGGCAUAUGUGGUGGGACUCCAGCUAGGCUAUGCAAAACUCGUUACAAUACAACUGCUCCGAUGUACGGGGUAUCACUAACAUCUGGACAGCCUGUUACAAUAGUUCAAAAGUUCCCGGAUCUUCUGCAGCAAGUGGUGUUUGAGGUUUGUGAAAGUUCUGAAUGUGACGUGGUAAGAGGCGAAUGUACGCAGACCUACGUGCCGUAUCUCUUCCUGGUAAUACCUCUGGGCCCAGUGACUUUGACAGGUCAAGACUACGUUCUAGUUGAAAGCGGUUGUGUUUGUAGGCCCAAAUACGCGACGCAAAAUACGCAAGAAGCCAACGUUAUGUCAUCUAUACCUAGACUGUGAAGAAAUGCCACCGCCAAGUUCAUGGUUUUAUCGUUUUGGGGUGCUGUGCAUAACACAGAAGUGCGUAUGGACACAAUAGAAUGAUUCAACAAUCAUUUGAUUAGCAUUCAAGUUUUUCUGAGAUAAUGUGUGAUGCAAGAAUUCUCAGCUAUGUAUUAAGUAUUUAUCAACAUUCGGUUUUAGCAGUGGUGAAAGGAAACUGUACAAAUUGACAGGAAUACGGACACUGACAUUAUUUUAUGUAGACCAUAAGUAGAUUAGUUGAAUAGAUAAAUGUGCUAUGUUUGAAUGUGCUCAUAUACUAAUUAUUUAUUAUGAUUGUACAAUAUUUAUUUAAACUCCCAGGACGUAAGUAUUUAUUGCA